AUGUGGCUACUACUACUCUUUGUAUCUUCAACCCUGGGACUGCACACAAAAGAACCACCCCUUCCUGAAUCUGCAUCACGAAAUGAGGUUCCAGAGAGAUGGAUUGACGUCAAACUGAACCACUUUGACGCUUCUAAUACGGAGACAUUUCGCAUGCGAUACUACUAUAACGGGCAGUAUUCUACUUCAACGGGAAGCAACAUAGUUAUAUAUGUGGGGGGAGAGUGGUCUAUUAGUCCCAGUUGGGUGUCAGCAGGGUUACCCUACGAAUUGGCCUCUUAUACCAACAGCGGUCUCUUCUACACGGAGCAUCGGUAUUAUGGUCUAACACGGCCUUCUAGUGAUACGAGCAUACAAAAUCUACGUUUCUUGAACGUAGAUCAGGCGUUGGGUGAUCUUGCAGAAUUUAUAGAACACGUGAAGAGUGAACAAUUUGAAGGUGGAAGGUUCAGAAACGCCUCAGUAGCACUGAUGGGAUGCUCUUAUGCUGGUACUAUGGCCACAUGGAUGCGUCUCGCUUACCCUCAUCUAAUUGACGUUGUUCUAUCAGACAGUGGGCCGCUACACGCAAAAGAAGAUUUUCCAGAGUACUUGGAGGUGAUAACAGAGGCUCUGCGCUCUCAAGGUAGCGAGGCGUGUCUCAACAGCAUUUCCGAUGCAAUGACACGUUUACGAGACCUGCUGUACACUAACGAAGGUGCUGCCCAAGCGUCCAGUAUGUUCAAAACUUGCGCCCCGCUCCAAGCCAACGCCACUUUGGAUUUGAGUACGUUUUUCUGGUACGGCAUAACGGAGAAUUUUGCACGUCUUGUGCAGUACGCGAUGCCGGGAGACAUUACUAAAGCGUGUGACGUCAUCACUGAUAGAAGCCAGCCGGAUCCUGUACAAAGAUUAGCCAAUUGGAUCACAAAUGUGACCGGAUCCUGCAUCGAACCCCGAUACACUGUAGUUGUAACGAACCAUCGGAACACUAGCUACGAUUCACCAGAUGCCACAAUGAGGCUGUGGACCUACCAAACUUGCGUUGAAUAUGGCUGGUACCAGACAACAACCAGCUCGCGACAGCCAUUUUUAACAACAGUGCCACUUGAAUAUUUCCAUCAAAUGUGCAAAGACUUCUUCAGCAAUGACAUAGAUGAAGAACUCUUGCGCUCUGGAAUACAAAGAACAAACCUGUUCUUCGGCGGGCUUAAGCGACCCGACUACGUGGUAUCCGUAGCUGGCGGGAUUGACCCAUGGUCCCCUAUGGGUCCAAAUAUGACCCACAGUACCCCUCUUUCACCUGUUUACGUUGUAUCAAACUCGUCGCAUUGUAGAGCAGUAGGACCAAUAGCAUCCAGUGAGAGCGAUGAAAUAAGAAAUGUUAAGUUCCAAGUCCUCAACUACAUGAGUUACCACAUGACAGGGAUUCCCAUAAUGGACGCGUCUGCCCAUGUAGCUUUAUUGACGCCUAUACUUUUGUUCGCAGCUUUAGUACUGUCGAUCACUAUGUAA